UGGCCAAUAAUGUCAAAACAUUAUAAAACUACUGUCAGAUAUCCUUUGAUUUAGUCGAAAGAAAUUGUUUUGUUUAGUUUAUUUGUAGAUUUUUGGAUUUGUUAAGAAAAAUUUACGAUGGCAGAACCGGCGGCACCUGAAGAGUCAGAGGAGGAGCCGAAGCCAAGAUGGAGGAGGAUUCUUGAGCGCAUUAUUCUCAUUGUACUACAUUUAUUAUUCAUUGCGUAUUUCAUAGCAGCCACAGUAAUUUACAUGCGCUAUAAUCAGAAUAACGACAAGUGCUUAGCACCGCCCGAAGAAAAUACAACCUCGGCAGAUACAGGUACGACCAUUGACGGUCCCACAGCAGUUCCUCCAGCGGGUGAAGCCCCUCCCGCCGAUGGGGCCGCGCCUCCUGUACCGACUGUACCGCCUACUACAACGGAGGGCGAAACGGAGUCAACCACUCCUGAGCCUAAGCCCAAAUUUGUUCCAUACAUUCUGUGUAGCAUCAACUGGUGCCAUGGAUACGGAUCACUGGUAGUAAUCUUCGUGAUCUUUCAUAUACUUUGGACAUACUAUGUCCUUUUCAAGCCAUUUAUUGGCCAAAAAUUGUAUGAUAACUACCUAGAUGGAAUGAUCGAUAAAUGGAUUGAAUUUAGAAGCAAAAUCCUUGUCUCUGUCGUGAUGCUGAUCACUGUAAUCGUCCUAUCAUUGGCGUAUUUAACAUUCGAAUGCCGAGAUGAUUGGGGCAAAACCAGGGGCCUUAUAGGUCCGGCUGCCUUUCUCACGAUCGGAUUUGCCGUUUCCAAACACCACAAAAGCAUUCCCUGGAGAAUUGUGGUACAUGGCAUGUUGGCACAAUUGCUGUUGGCCAUUUUUUGUCUCCGAUGGGAAUUCGGAAGGUCGGUGUUUCAAUGUAUGGGCGAGAAGGUGACCACUUUUCUUGGCUAUGCCCGGUUCGGAGCCCGCUUCGUGUAUGGAGACCGUAUCGUCGACGAAUACGUGUUCGCUUUUGCCAUUCUUGCGGUGGUGUUCUUCUUCAGUGUCGUCACCUCCAUCCUCUACUAUCUUGGCUGGAUGCAGGCCUUCCUUGGCGUCUUGGGAUCCCUAUUGCAGUCCACGGUCGGCACCACGACCUGCGAGAGCGUCAACGCCGUGGGCAACAUAUUUUUGGGAAUGUCCGAGAGCCCGCUGAUGAUACGUCCCUAUAUAAAUAUUCUUACGGUUAGCGAGUUGCACUGCAUUUGCGUUUGUGGCUAUGCAACCGUGGCCGGAACUGUACUGGGAGCGUUUGUCUCUUUCGGAGCCAAUCCGGCUUACCUGAUUGCCGCCAGUGUCAUGGCUGCUCCGAGUGCCUUGGCCUAUUCCAAGCUCUUUUAUCCAGAGACGGAGGAGUCACAAACCAGGGCUGACAACAUCAAGCUGGCAAAAUCGGAGGACACGUCAAUCCUGGAUGCUGCCGCAAGUGGCGCUCAGAAUGCAAUGCUUAUUGUUCUCGGAAUCGUGGCUAACAUAAUCGCCUUUUUGGCUUUAGUGUACUUCUUUAAUGCUGUUAUUCAAUGGGCUUUCGAACUACUGGACAUUAGUGAUAUCACCCUGCUGUAUCUUCUAUCGAAAAUGUUCUGGCCUAUUGCAUAUGCCAUGGGCGUUCCCUUAAAGGACUGUUCAGUUAUUGGGUUGGUGGUUGCUGAGAAAUCACUAAUAAAUGAAUUCAUCGGCUACAAACACUUGGGAGAGCUGAUACAAGCAAACGAAAUUGAACAUAGAAGUGAAGCAAUAGCCACAUUUGCCCUCUGCGGAUUCGCUAACCCUGGCUCCCUAGGAAUUCUGAUUGCCGCCCUUAGUGCAAUGGCACCUCAACGAAGGGCCGAUGUUACUAGGGUGGCGGUCCGUGCCUUCUUUGCCGGAAGUUUCGUUAGCUUUACUUCUGCAUCUCUUGCAGGUAAGUUGAUAUUGUGGUAUAACUCUAAAUAG